GGGUUAUCAGGGAACACAAGCAUUCCUCAAGUAUCGGAAUUCAAAUAUUUCUUUCUUUCAUAUUCAAGUACUUUGUACUAUUUGUUGUGAGGAGCAAGAGAAAACAAUGGGUUUCCGCAUACCUGCUAUUGUCACGCAAGCAUCGUUUUCUACAACCCAAGCAGCCUCCAAGAGGGUUGAAGUACAAAAAGGAUAUCUUGCGGUCUAUGUUGGAGAUAAGAUGAGGCGGUUCAUGAUUCCAGUAUCAUACUUGAACAAACCUUCAUUUCAAGAAUUACUUAGUCAAGCAGAAGAAGAAUUUGGAUAUGAUCAUCCAACAGGUGGUCUCACAAUUCCAUGCAAGGAAGAUGAGUUCCUAAGCACCAUCGCUAACUUGAAUGAGCUGUAAAUCUUGCUAAUGGAGUCUGAGAUAGAUUAGCAGGGGCAAAUUUGUACAGAAGGCACAUUCUUUUAUUGUAAAGAUUUUCCAUUUUCUAGUAUAAUUCCAUUCGAAGUUGAAAUGUGCUCCCUGAAUGAGAAUACAACACUUUAAACACUUUUCUUUUGUGGAAUCAAAACCAAUUUUAAUUUCAUUAUCAAAUUCCAGUUGA